GGAGAGCUGCAGGCACGGAGCAUUCCCUGUGUUCUUUUGCUCUAUAUUCCAAGGUUGGAGCAGGGAUCACUGCAGGGAGCAAUCCUGAGGCUCCUCGAAGGAUGUCGCUGCUCACCUGCGAGGGACGUGAGGAGGGACAGCUCCGCUCCUCGCCGCUCUUCGCCGCCGCUCCGCCUCCCCCCGCACCGGGAGCGGCUCCCGCCGCCCCCGCGGCACCGGCGCCGGGCCCCGCGGGCACGGCCGGGCCGGCCGAGGGCCCUGCGAGACCUCCCGGGGCGGCGCCGCCCGGAGCGGCCACGGGAGAAGCCGCCGUCGCCAUCACGGCUGGGGAAGCGCUGAGGGAACUUCUGCCCGCCCCGCGCCCCCUCUUUCGGCGCGCCGGGAUGACGUCACCCGACAGCGCCUUCCCCGCCGACGACUCGAACCCGGAAGUGGGAAAAAAAAGAAGACUUAUAUUUUUUAGAGGGCCAAAUCGGAGCAAAACGGGCAAAAGGAGCGGUUUAUUGGCGGGGUGA